AUAAUAAAUGGGGGAAACAAAUCGAGCGUUCGAGGUUACUCAGCGCACACCAAUCAUAGAUCACUUUCAUACCGUUGCCCAGGUGAAAUCUGCAUUAUGCACACAAUCGGGGAAUUUAGGGUUGCAAUCGAAGUUGUCUUACGCCCUUUAUAACGUCAUAAUCCGAGGUCGUUUACAUAUGCGCCCUGAAAAUCUGAUUACUUCAGCAAGUCUUCCAUUCAACGUUUAUCAUCCAACUGCGGCAUCAAAUUCGACAAAACUAAGUUUACUAUCAUACUAUAUAAGGCCUAGAUUCGCAGAAAUGAUAUGCUCUCUAUUUCAUCCACCUAACCAAAAUCUAGCUGUCAAUACUGUAUCAAAUUGAACUACAAUUCAUACUUAAUCAAGCCCCUCACUAUGGCAGAUAUCAAACCCUACACCAUCGCUAUUGAUGGUCAACGAUUAAAGGACUUGAAAACGCGAUUGUCUCUAGCCAAGUUUCCUGAUGAGCUUGAUGAAGCUGGGUGGGAUAUGGGUGCCCCUCUUACCGACGUAAAGAGACUGACGAAAUAUUGGCAAGAAUCAUAUGACUGGAAGAAGGCAGAAGGUGACCUAAACAAAACACCUCAGUUCGUCACCGAUAUUCAAUGUGACGGGUUUGACCCUCUUGCAAUCCAUUUCAUUCAUGUCCGUAGUAAGGUUCAGGGUGCCGUUCCCUUACUCUUCAUUCACGGCUGGCCAGGUCAUUUUGAAGAGGUUUUGAGGAUCUUGAAGCCCCUGGUCGAAGGCGGUGAUGGCGUCAAAUACCCCGCGUUUGACAUCGUCGCGCCGUCGUUGCCUAACUUUGGAUUCUCCGAGGGACCGAAGAAGCGAGGUUUUGCAAUGGAGCAAUAUGCCGAGACUAUGAACAAGCUGAUGUUAAAGUUGGGAUACAAAGAAUACGUUACACAAGGAGGUGACUGGGGCUGUCAUAUCAGCAGAUCUCUUGCACAUUUAUUUCCGAAGUACUGUAAGGCAACGCUCCUUAACUACGACUCCGCAGAUCCUCCAGAAUUCCUCAAAAACCCUAUUCUGGCCCUUCAGCAUGCCAUAACGCCCUACAACUCGCGGGAGCAGCAUGGCGUGGGCCGGUCCAACUGGUUCGAGAAGGAAGGCAAGGGUUACAACUUAGAGCAGUCCACCAAACCCCAGACUCUUGGCUACGGGCUGGCGGAUAGUCCGGUAGCUUGUCUAGCCUGGAUCUAUGAGAAGCUCCACGAUUGGACGGAUUCGUAUCCUUGGACGGACGACGAGAUCCUUACUUGGGUCAGUAUCUACUGGUUCAGUACUGCGGGUCCCGCCGCCAGUGUGAGAAUCUACUACGAGACAGCCCACAACUUCGAUGGCAGAAAGAACAAGAUCGAUCGCCAGAGGCUGAGAGAGUGGGCGCCUGUGAAGCUUGGUUUCAGCCAUUUCCCCAUGGAUUUGCAGGUUCGGCCUAGCACAUGGGUCCGAACGCUAGGUCCUGUGGUGUUCGAAAAGGAGCAUAGUAGUGGCGGCCAUUUUGCUGCCUGGGAGCGACCUGAUGAUAUUGUGAAUGAUGUUCGGGAGAUGUUUGGGAAAGGUGGGGGUGCCUUCGGUGUCGUAAAGGGGGUUACGGGGUAUACUUCAUGAAGCCACCAUCUGAAAUCAGAUGGUGCGUUUCUUAGCCGAGCUCGACCGUAACCAUUUGUCUUAUAUCGGUACCUAUCUAAGGUAUGUAGGUAGGCUAUUCAACAAAUUGCAGAUUCGCAUUAGUAAUGAUGAGUACUUCCACUUGGCAAUACAUCCAUCUCAUUUUGAUGGUCAUCUUUCAGCUAGAGAUAAAUGUCAGUCUGGUCAGUAUAAAGU